AAACCCUCAUUCAUCUCAUCACAAUCACACACACAAAACACACACAUUACCAAACCCUAAUUUCUCCCCAAUUUUAUCGAAUGGCUCGCACGAAGCAAACCGCGAGAAAAUCGACCGGCGGCAAGGCGCCACGUAAGCAGCUGGCGACAAAAGCGGCGAGAAAAUCGGCACCGGCGACCGGAGGAGUGAAGAAGCCGCACAGAUUCAGGCCCGGAACCGUCGCGCUGCGAGAAAUCAGGAAGUACCAGAAGAGCACGGAGCUGCUGAUCCGGAAGCUCCCGUUCCAGAGGCUGGUGCGUGAAAUAGCUCAGGAUUUCAAGACGGAUUUGAGGUUCCAGAGCAGCGCUGUGGCGGCGCUUCAGGAGGCUGCCGAGGCUUAUUUGGUUGGGUUAUUUGAGGAUACUAAUUUGUGCGCUAUUCAUGCCAAGAGGGUGACGAUUAUGCCUAAGGAUAUUCAGCUUGCGAGGAGGAUCCGUGGUGAGAGGGCUUAGUUUGUUUGUUCAAUUAAGAUGGAUGUUAGAUAUGGAUUGUUCUUUAAUAGGUGGUUUGAAAUGUGUUUUGUGUUUCCGGGUUGUUGGUUGUGUUUUAUGUAUACCUUGUUCGAGUUUAAAUGGUGAAAUGAAAUAUGAUUAUUUAGUAA